UAUGGAUGCAAUAAGGAUGGCGACUACCUCCAUGGUUGAAAAGUUUCGUGAAAUUCAACUAUUUCCCGAAGUUUCGGUCAGUUAAAGCGUUUAUUAGAUAUUAUAAUUGUGUAUCAGCACAGUAAUGGUGUUUAAAUUUGUUGUUUCAGGGUAAUCUAGUCAUAGGAAUUGUAUUUAUCACUGCAGUCAUCAUGGCUGUUUAUUGUAUCAAGACAUUUAGAAGAAGAGGUGAGUACUUCACAUAGCCUUUUUUUUUUUUUUACCUUUUCUCGAAGUUUUGUUCGAUUUCGAACUUCCUCUUAUUUUUUCCUUUUUCUCUCUGGUAGUUGAAGUCCCAAAUGAAGUUCCAAUGAAUCAAGAGCCGAGAUUUCGCAAACGCGAUAAGAUGAUAUUUUACGGCAAAAAAUAUCUGCGCAAGGUUUGGAUGACUAUAUCUUGUAUCAUUAACAUACUGAUUAACUUGAAAACAUCUAUGGAGGCUCACUAUUAAUUAUAUUGUUGUUUAUUUAGCGUGCAGUCUCGGGUUUCGUUUAGUUGUUUGCCAUCUUGAGAGCCAAUCGGCUUUGCUGAUCAUGUUAUGUUAUUCUCUAAACACAAAAAUCAUCAAUUGACUUGUACUCUCCGGGGAAUGCCUGUUUGGGUAAAAACAGCUUUUGUUCUCUAAGAAUACUUUAUUAAGAGUUGCGUUGGCCGUCUCCUUUUUCAUUUUGGUGGCUGGCUGCACGUACAGCACCAGUGUGAGAACCAGACGGAAAGCAUAGUAUACCCUUUUAAUGAGGACAAAUACCAACAAAUAUUAAAUAAAGAAACAUUUAAGUUUCCUUCGCGAUCAAAUCUUAAGGUUUCGCUUUCACCCACACUUUUAGUGCUUUUGUUUAUGGAAUGAAAAAUUGGUGGAUGCAUGCAGUGAGCACAUUUUGCUCUCUAAACCUACUAUGUUAGUUGACGUCAGGUAGUGAUACAAGUUACCUGAUUUUACUGAAAGUGAUGUGAAAUCCAUCCUCCAAUAAAAACUUCCCGAAAGAAUUAGUGGCAAGUCUAAAUACUCAUUACAUGUGGCUGUUAAGAACUUGGUUUUAUAUGUACCAUACGUGCUGUCAUUUCUGUAAAUAUACCACUUGGUAGUAAUGAAACAAUGAUGUGUCAAGUAACGAGUCUCCAAGGCCUUGUCUCAGUCAGUACACACCCCAAAGCAGCAUGACCUCCAGAUAAUCAAAGAUAGAUUAAGCUGUUUGACUGGGCUCUUACAGAAGGAAUAAAAAGUAGUUAUCUAACAUUAAUUGAUACAACUUGACUACCUUCCUCAUAAUCAUGAAAAUAUCAAUGAUAAAAUAUGUAUGACAUUUAUACAAAACCAAAUAAAUUUUUUAGGACUCACUGUCCUGAUCAGAUCAGUUUAAUUUCAGAGAGUGUUAUUUAACUAUGCCCAUAAUAUUCUCAUUUGCACAGAUUUUUACAUUUUCAUAAGGUUCAAUAAUAAGGUUCAUUAACUCUGUAAACCCUACAAGUGAUCUGUUUCUUAAUUCUCUAUACAGCAAUAGUGCUGAAUCAUUCAUUACAAUUGUGAAAAUAAAAGAGAAGCUUGGAUUGUUCAACAAAUUUUCGUUGUCAGUCCUAGAGGAAAUGUAUGAAGAAGACCUGAUAGUAAGGUUAAAGGCUUCCUAAGUUCUCUCUUAAAUAGGUUUUUACAUUCUCAUACCUGUUUGUGCUUCCUGAUCCCAUUACAUGUAAAACAGGGUAAUUAAGUAUUUUCAACUGAAUUGAAAAUGUAAAUUGGCCACCCAAAAGAGUUUUAAAGCAGACACUGAAGAAAUGUAAAAUGGUUUCCAUGUUUACAUAGCCUGAUGUAAACACGCAGGAGGUUGGGAGAACAUGAGAUAAGCGUAGGAAACCACAACAUGAAGCGGAGUGGUUUCCAGCUUAUUGAGUGUUCUCCCAACCUCCCAAGUGUUUACAUCAGGCUAUGUAAACACAGAAACCAUUUUACAUUUCUUUUAUAAAAUAACUAAUGAAAGAGCCUCUUCUUGCAAUGAAGGAAAGCGACGUGCUUGUCGUUGUUGUUCAUUUGGCUUUUUGGCUGUUUCUUAACUACUGGGAAAAUUAAACUCCAAAGAAAAAUUAGGAAAAUCUUCUUCUUCCAUUACUGUACUCAAAACAAACUUAAAGAAACUGAGUUACUGCUAAAUAAAUAGCAGGGAGAACUCCACGAGAAGAUUCGUAUGAAAACCGUGUUUAGAUACACUCAUGUAAAAUGGUUUUAUGGCCACUCAGAGCACACGUACUAUUUGAAUUAUUUUAUAAUUUAAGAGUUAGCCAUUUUUUGGGGCAUACAGUGGCCAAGUUACAUUAUCAACUUAGUUGAUAAUUUUAAAUUACCCUGUUACACUCUCUCAUUGAUGUAGCACCACAGUUUCUUUAGAAAGUUACCCUGUUUAUCCAUUACAUGUAAGUUACACUGUGGAGACUGAAUAGAGAUCCCAGGUAAAAGUUGUCGUUCAAUCAAGAUACUGUAUCUCUAUAAGGAAUUAAUAUUACAGUGUGUGAUUAUGUUGAUUUGUUUUUGUAACAGGUGAAACAGCUCUCACAACCACAAGAUGGUGGAUAUAGAAGGACUAUAAGAAAAAGACAAAAAGUCAUGUUUAACUUUGGAAAAGAGUAA